CGCAGCCUCCGCCGGGGCCCCGCCGCCCCUCGGCAGCGCCCGGUGAGCGGGGCCGGGAGCGGGACCCGUGGCCGUGCUUCCUUCGUUCGUUCGUUCCUUCCUUCCUUCUUCCUUCCUUCCUUCCGAGGCGGGAGCUGCCGCCGGAGUAAGAGGUGUGCGAAUCAACCUAUCAUCACGGAAUCAUCACUUUUAUCAUACUGACUUGACAACUGUUGGAUGCCAGCUUGUGUCAACACCAGUAGAAGAGAAAACCACAGGAGCGAGACCUGCUGAUAGCCGUGUUUGGGAGCAGGAGCAGGAUCCUGCGAACUCCACUGGGGCCAGUUACAAAAACGCAAGGAGGCAGCUAUUGGAGGCAGCUAUUUCAUCUCUGUCCUUAAUCAGGAGAGGAACAGCCAUGCUGGGGGUGGUGGAAUAUUGAGGUGUUCCUAAUCAACCAGAUCUUUUGGGAAUUUUUUAAAAGAAACUUUGGUGGGUAAAAGAUGUGCCAUGGAAUGGUAGCACCAAAGAGCAACACAGGAUCAUCUCUUGCCUUGACCAGCCAUGGGUUAUUUCUUCUGCUAGUUAUCUUUGGUACCUUUAUCUUGGAAGCACAGGCCACAGGUUGGCUCAGCAAGUCCAAAGGACCUACAUAUUGUCCCCAGCCACCACAACCUGAGAAUGGAGGCUACAAAUGCCACCCUAGUCCCUGCAACGACCCUCUGACUUCGGGCAGUGUCAUAGAGUACCUGUGUGUUGAAGGCUACAUGCUGAAAGGAGACUACAAAUACCUGACCUGUAAGAAUGGAGAGUGGAACCCCGCCAUGGAAGUUAGCUGCAGACUCAGCCCGGAAAAGGACUCCCCGCCAACAAUCGGAGUACCCACGCUAUCCAUAGUAGCCUCUACAGCAAGCUCUGUCGCCCUGAUUCUUCUCUUAGUUGUGCUGUUUGUUUUGCUGCAGCCGAAGCUGAAGUCGUUCCAUCACAGCAGGCGAGAACAAGGAGUGUCUGGGGACCAGGUCUCUAUCAUGGUGGAUGGUGUCCAAGUGGCUUUGCCAUCGUACGAAGAAGCAGUGUAUGGCAGCACAGGGAACUGCAUUCCACCCUCGGACUCCCGGGUGCAGAUUGUGCUGUCCGAAGGAGCUGGGCAGAACGGAGCCAGAGAGAUGCAGCAGCAGGACCAAGGGGCUUGCAAUGGCCUUGACAGAGAAGAUGAGGCCCCCGGACACUCUGGACUGUGUGAAGCCAGUGGCUCUCAGCGCUCUGAAACUGUUCUUGUGCAUCAGGCUGCUACCUCUUCCUGGGUAGCUGGCAUGGCUAGCAGUAGACCUGUACAGAAAGAACUCCAGGAUUCAGAAAGCAGUGACAUACAGAGCCUUUUAUCACUCACUUCCUCUGAGGAAUACACAGAUGAUAUUCCCUUGUUGAAGGAAGCAUGAGGCCUGCUGUAUUUGCCUAGCCUUCUCCCCUUGGAUUUCUUCCUCCUCCCUUCCCCCUGCCUUCGGGACAGAAGCACUCUGUGCAGCCUUCCCCAUCCUCGCGAGCUGUGCCCUGGAUACCUCCAAGCAGAGACGCCCUCAGCUGAAGAUCCAAAGGAUGUCACCAGGUUGCCUCCUGGAUGCACCACUGGGGCUGGUGCAGUGCUGGCUUCCCCAUUCCGUUUGCAUCAGGGGCUCAAGGAACGUAGUGGAUUUGAGCUCUCCUCUCCUUUUUCCCAGCCAGAUGUUUGACAGCAGUCUCUGAAAAGAGCUGCUCUUUUCUUGUGCCUUUCUCCUCCUCACACCGGCUUGUUGCAGCUUAUCAGCCUCUCUAGCCCUUCUACUGCCCAGAGAGGGCUAAAACCGCUUGCUCACUGGGUGCAGACAGUUUAUAUAUACGUAUAUAUGUUAUAUGCUCUUCUUCCAGCAUCCUCUCUGUAAUAGGGCAGGACAACAUGCCUCACUGGGACUGACGCUGGGCUUGGGAGGGAUUCCAGGUAAGGGGCAGCUUGUAAUGCCUAGAAGUGUCUCAAAUGAGAUGGGCCGUGAGGCAACUUGGCUGUGCAAUAACAGUUGAGAAUUGCUAGAGCACCGAAGGCUGAGAAGUCCAACGUGUAGGAAUGCCCUCUGCCCUCUUCUCAGCAAACACCUCUGCAAGAGUCUGCUCCUGAAAAUCACUUCUGUCUCUUCUACCUGUGUAGCCCACCUGGUUAUGCUGUGUUUCUGGAAGCUGUGGCUGGGACUGUACUGUUGA